GGCACGGCGAGUGACAGCAGCCACGCGCGUGCAUGCGCUCUCCUGCGGCCCCCUCCUUCCCUCCCUCCCUCCCGCCUUUGCUGCACAUCGCUGCUGUCGCUGGGCUGGAAAUGUAGCAGAGAGCCUGCCUGCGCUCCCUGUGCACCGCCUGCCAUUGUGCAUCUCGCCUCGGGUCCUCUCGGCUUGCAUCCCUUCGUGGGAGAGUGGCCAAGCUUUGCAGAGGAAGCCCUUCCACUGCGGCGUGCUGAGACCGGUCCCUUUGGCUCGUAGGUAGUCCGGACGCCUGGCCAUGACCGACACGGUGGUUGGCAACAGCACCAAUCAGUGGAUGUACCAGAACGACCGGCAGAUGGCCCUUCGAGGCGGUGGGAAAGAACCGUCCCCCGGCGGUUGGUCGGCCCGCGGCAACCAGCCAGAGCAUGGACGGAAGAAUGAAGAUCUGACGGACGAGGAAAAGGAGAUCAUCAAUCGGGUCAUCGCUCGGGCGGAGAAGAUGGAGGAGAUGGAGCAAGAGCGCAUUGGACGCCUCAUGAACCGCUUGGAGGACAUGCGCCGGAACGUGUCGGGUGAUGGGGUGAACCGCUGCAUCUUGUGCGGGGAGCAGCUGGGGCGGCUGGGCUCGGCCUGCGUAGUCUGCGAGGACUGUAAAAAGAACGUCUGCACCAAAUGUGGCGUCCAGACGACCAACAACCGGCCCCAUAACAUCUGGCUGUGCAAGAUUUGCAGCGAACAGAGAGAGGUAUGGAAACGUUCUGGAGCGUGGUUCUUCAAAGGGUUGCCCAAGCAGAUGCUGCCUCAGCCGAUGCCUAUCACUAAGGAAAAAGGGCAACCAGAACCUGCCGACCAGGCACCUCCCACUCAGGACUCAAAGCCGUAUUCUCGCGUGCAGAGACACGGCCAAGCUGAAGCGCCUCCUCCUGUGGAACAGGAAUCCUAUGGAACGGAGCCAACAGAGGCUUCCAGCCGGGGAAACUACCCGCCAGUGAGCCGCAAACCUUCUGAGGCCCGGAUGGCGCCAAGUGGCAGUGAAUACACUGGCGAAGGGACUGGAAGCCAGGAUUACGUUGCCGAGAACGAAACCCACCAAAGCCCUGGAGGUACCAAGAGAGCUGGUUCUGCUCCUGGGGCUGCAGCGAGGCCAUUUUCUCCGGCUUCUGCUCCAAAUGCCUCUGCCCCGCAGACCGAACAAGGACCUCCUGCAGCAGGUAGACAAGGUCCCAGUCCCGCUGGCCGCUUCCCGGAAAGGCAAGGUAGCCUUUCAAUGGCUCCCACCCAGGCUGAGCCAGUCUAUUCCACCCCAGGCCCUUCCAGGGACGAGCGCCCGAGUCCUGGCAUGGCGGAGAAGCCCAUGCGGCAGGUGGCACCAUAUUCCCAAGCUGCUGCCCCGCCGGCCGCGCCAACUCCUUCCCGGCCGCCUCCACAAGACGAGGACGAGGACGAAGCCAACAGCUACGACUCCGACGAAGCCACUACCUUGGGCGCCUUGGAGUUCAGCCUCUUAUAUGACCAAGACAAGAGCUCCUUGCAGUGCACUCUCAUCAAGGCCAAGGGCCUGAAGCCAAUGGACUCCAAUGGGUUGGCAGAUCCCUAUGUGAAACUCCAUCUUUUGCCGGGGGCCAGUAAGUCAAACAAACUGAGGACCAAGACUUUGAGGAACACCCGGAAUCCGGUUUGGAAUGAGACUUUGGUGUACCAUGGCAUCACCGAUGAGGACAUGCAGAGGAAGACACUCAGGAUCUCGGUAUGCGACGAGGACAAGUUUGGCCACAAUGAGUUCAUUGGCGAGACCAGAGUGGCCUUAAAGAAGGUGAAGCCGAACCAGAAGAAAAAUUUCAACAUCUGCUUGGAAAGAGUCGUUCCGAUGAAACGGGGUGGAACGACUGGCUCCUCACGUGGGAUGGCCUUGUAUGAAGACGAGAUGGACCAAGGCGGGGAUGUCGAGGAGCGGGGAAAGAUCCUGGUCUCUCUCAUGUACAGCACCCAGAAAGGGGGGCUUAUUGUCGGCAUCAUCCGCUGUGUCCACCUGGCAGCCAUGGAUGCCAACGGCUACUCAGACCCCUUUGUGAAAAUUUGCUUGAAGCCCGACAUGGGGAAGAAAGCCAAGCAGAAGACGCAAAUCAAGAAGAAGACCUUGAACCCCGAGUUCAACGAGGAAUUUUUCUAUGAUAUCAAGCACAGCGACCUGGCCAAGAAACAGCUCGAUGUCUCGGUUUGGGAUUAUGACAUUGGCAAAUCCAAUGACUACAUUGGUGGCUGCCAACUGGGCAUCACAGCCAAAGGCGAGCGCUUGAAACACUGGUACGAGUGCCUGAAGAACAAGGACAAGAAAAUUGAGCGCUGGCACGCCUUACAGAACGAGAACCACGUCUCGAGCGACUAGGGCAUGUCCCCUGUGCCGUCCCCUUCCCCUUGACCCCGUCAUCCCGUCUUCCAAUGCAUCAAUGUUUCUUUGGCUCCCCUGUCAGCGUUUUUCUCCUCCUCUUCCUCUUCCACCUCCUUUGCCGUCCCCACCCAAGGGUGCCAAACCGGUUCCCCUUUCUGGUUUGUAUCGUUCCCCCAUCCGCCCCGCCAUCUCCCCCUCUGUACAGAUUUUUCAAGCAAUAGCACUGAAAUCUUGAGUUUGGCGUUUGCUUCUCGGCAGCAAAAAGACCACCAUCCUCUCCGUCCCCGACCAAUGCCAGUGUGCUUUCUCCUCUUUGCCAAAGGCAUCUGUUCUCGAAGUGUCCUUGAAUCUCCGAGGCCCCUCUCUUCCGGUUUCCACCUUCUGCAUGCGGAUGUCCCUCCUUCGCCUCCUCUUUGCAACCUUGAGAUACUUCGAGCCUUGCUAACGGGAAAAUAAAAUGCACGGCUACGGGUCUUGGAUCGGGCUGCUUUGAGCAUGGGGGCAGCCGAUCACGAUGCCGACCACGGCGACAGCGGCUGGAUCGCGCGGGUCUUUGGGAAUCUAAGCAAAAAAAGAACCGUUUCCGCUUUUCAGGGAGGGCUGCAGGGGGGUCGUUCCGAUUUGUAGCAUCGCUUCAUCCCUGGUUUUUCUAGUAAUCCAGAGAAGGCCACUUUACAUUUCAGUGUGGUUUUCGGCAAAUUCUCGUUUCAAUCCUUGAACCCGGAAAGACCAGGCAUCCCUGGUCGGCGACUAUAUGGGCAAGGAGUUCAACCCAAGCCGAGUUGUGUUCUUCCUUUUGCUCCUGUUGGGCAAGGCCCAUCUCCGUGCCAAUGAUCUUCGUCUGGGAAAUGUUUUACGCCGCUCACAUCCUAUUGUUUGUGAAUUUUCUGAACAAAACGGAGGGCCAGUGUUCUCCGGGAGGACUUCUCAGGAUCAAAACCACCAGACAGAAGAUGAAGCAUAGACAGGUCAUGCAUUCCUAUUCCAUCGCUUGUGUGCAAUGGCUGACAACGACAGACUGAAGAAGAGACCCAAAUAGGUCAGAUAGGACAACCAUGUCCGCCUUGGUCUAUGAUUGGUCAGGAGGUUUCCUCCUUGGUCUUCCCAAAGUUCUCUCUUUUAUCUGGAACUUGGAAGUAGCAACAAUAACCCUUCUCAGCAACACUUGCUGGGACCCAUCAGACUUAGCAGUGUGAGUGGCCCAUGGAAGGGCAACCAAUGUCAACCAAUGAUGGUGGCAACGAAACCUAGUGUUCUUCCUCUUCUGCGGCCUCGCAGUGGCACUUGAGCGACCUCUUUCCUGUGUAACUUCCUAUCUUUUGCUACCUGUUCUAGAUUGGCUAAGCAUGGGAAAAGUGCUUCUCUUGGCCUCAUGUUCCCAGUUUCGGGAAUUCUAGUAGCUUCAAGCCUAUGAUGCAUUUAAGCAGCAACAACUUCCUCCUUCUUAAUUGUUCUUUCUCUUCAAAUGCUCCUCCUUUUCUUCUUCCUCUUUGAACCUUCUUCUCAGCUCUCUUCCAAGAACAUAUUCUCCAUCUUCAAAUGUCUUCCUCCUCUUCUUCUUCUUCCUCUUUGAACCUUCUUCUCUGUCCUCCUCCAAUAAUGUCUUCUCCAUCUUCAAAUGUCUUCCUCCUCCUCUUCCUCUUUGAAUCUUCUUCUCUGUCUUCCUCCAAGAAUGUCUUCUCAUGUCUUGCUCUUCCUUUUCUCCCCUCCUCUCUUCUUCCUCUUUGAACCUUCUUCUCCAUCCUCCUCCAAGAACGUCUUCUCUGUUUUCAAAGGUCUUCUUCUUGCUGUUGUUCUUCUUGCUCUUCCUUCCUCCUUUACAAAGUUCCUCUUCUUUCUCUCUUCCUACUUCUUUUUCUUCUUUCCUUCUCUUUGAAUUUCCUCUUCACAUGUCUUCCUCCCCCCCUUCUUUUUCACUCUCUUCUUUCUGCUCCUCUUCUCUUCAGGGAGUCAACAAGAAGAGCCGUUCUGUAGACAGACUCCUUUUGCUGUCAGCCGGAGUGUGGUGAACGCUCCUUCCUUGGAGCCUUUUAAACAGAGGCAUCCAGCCAUUCAGGCCAUCUGUUGGGGCUGCUUUGAUUGUGGUUUUCUUGCAUAGCAGGGGGUAGGCUUAGAUGGCCCAUAUAUGAUUCCGUCCUAUUGAUUCGUUCCAAUUAGAGUAAGCCCAUUGAAUCCACAGUUACCUGCCCCUGCUUUAGUGCACGGACGCUGUCACUGGAUCAUUGGGUGGAACGAUUUCUUUGAUGUGCUCUCUGAAUCCGAUUUAAGUCUGUGGCUGGAGAGGGCACAAUAAGAGAACACUGCCCCCCAAGAAGAAUCCUGCCCCUCAGAAUAUUUUCCUUCUUUCCCCGUGUUUUGUAGUAUCCCAAAGAGCGAAACGCUGGAAACUAUUCGUAUCUCGCAAUCGUUCCUCUUGAUCCCUUUUCUUGGAUGCCAAAACUCUAUUCCUAAAAGUUCAACACACUUUUGAAGUGUCCGGGACGCUCCAAAUUGGGAAGGAAAAUUGAUGAGAAUUCUUACUUGAGAGGCAAUGCCUCCUCCUUGUGGUGUUCCCUACAUCCCUACCCCCUAUCAUGGCUAUUCCAAUAGGGUUGUGGGAAAUGGCUCUUUACUCGUGCUGUCCAAAAAUACAGGACAGGAGAGAAUCUGAAUAGAGACGCCGAUCCGGUUUACCGUUUCCAUUUUUCUCGUUUCCUUUCGACUUCGUCCUCCUUAGGGGAGAAUUCUCUUGGUGAGAGCCCUCUCUUUUUUCUCUGAAGUUUUGUCGUUUUUUGGAUACUGUUUUGUAAGCUCAAUGUGAAAGUUCUCAUCUGGGGAAAAGAAAUCCCUUUGGCUCUUUCCCAGAUCUGAGUCCUAACUCCCUUCAUUCCUUCCUUGGCAAUUUGUGACUGUUUGACCUCUGAGCCCUCUUUUCCUCCUCCUCCUCCUCCUAUCUUUGUAAAUAAGGCAUGCACGUCUAGGUUGGGAAUGGUGCACCGCUUCCCGGAUCCCCAUCCGUCCGUCUCCCGCUCCUCUCCGACGAUUGCAUUCUCUCAAGCAUGCAACAACCUCACCGAAAUAACUAACUUAACCAACAGUCGAUAAUUAUCUAACAGCCAACGUUACCAGUGAGACUCGAGAAACCCAGCCGGUCUUCCGCUGCAUGCAGGUGUAACGUCCCCUGUUUCUUCAUGUCAUACCCAAUAAAGUGUGAACAAAAGGGGGCAAACCUCA